GCGUGCGCGCUGGGGCCCGGGACGGUCACGGCGGCCGCGUGAGGUACGGGGUUGUCCGCGCGCGCUCUUGCCACCGAGAGGGGCGGGGUGGGCGUGCCUCAGGCGGCGGCGGCGGAAAGAGCGCGGGUGCCCAGGCCCAGUGAACGGGGCAGGAUGAGCGGCAAGGACGGAAACGAGGAGUUCUACCGGCAGCUGCAGCUCCAGCAGCAGUACGAAGCCAAGCCAACCGAGGGCGAAGGCGAGGGCGAGUCCGACCCCUUUACCUACGUGGACCCGGCGGACGGGGCUGCUUACGAGUGGGACCUGGAGAAGAAGGCCUGGUUCCCCAAGAUAACAGAAGAUUUCCUGGCAACCUAUCAUGCCAACUAUGGCUUCCAUGCAGAUGAGACAGACACAUCAUCUGCUUCUGGUACAGCCGUUGAAAGUAAGCAACCAGUAAGUUCUAAGACAUCAGGAACACAACCAUCAGCAAAUGAAACAGGACGAAAACAAACGGAUCCAAAACAAAAAUCAGAAAAAAGGAAGCUAGAGCCAGGGUGGUUUCAUGUUGAAGAAGACAGAAACACAAAUGUUUAUGUGACAGGUUUGCCUCCAGAUAUUACAAAAGAUGAAUUUGUACAAGUCAUGUCAAAAUGUGGUAUCAUCAUGCGAGAUCCUCAGACAGAAGAACACAAGAUCAAACUGUACAAAGAUAAGGAAGGAAAUCUUAAAGGAGAUGGCCUCUGUUGUUAUCUGAAGAGAGAAUCAGUUCAACUUGCUUUGAGGCUUCUGGAUGAAGCAGAAAUCCGAGGCUAUAAAUUGCAUGUGGAAGUUGCAAAGUUCCAACUGAAGGGGGAGUAUGAUGCAAGCAAAAAGAAGAAGAAAUGUAAAGACUACAAGAAGAAGUUGUCUCAACAGCAGAAACAGCUGGAUUGGAGGCCGGAGAAGAAAGAUGGGGCAACUCGAAUGCGGCAUGAACGCAUCGUUAUUAUCAGGAAUAUGUUUCACCCCAAGGACUUUGAGGAGGACCCUUUAGUGCUAAAUGAGAUAAGAGAAGAUCUGCGGACAGAGUGUGAAAAGUUUGGUCAAGUAAAGAAGGUUCUCAUAUUUGAUAGGCACCCUGAUGGCGUCGCUUCUGUGUCAUUUAAAGAAGCAACAGAAGCUGAUCUGUGCAAGCUGACUCUAAAUGGAAGGUGGUUUGGUGGCCGUCAGCUCAGUGCUGAAACAUGGGAUGGUGUAACGGAUUAUCAGGUGGAGGAGACUGCAAGAGAAAGGGAAGAAAGGCUCAAGGUGUGGGAGUCAUUUUUAGGGGAUCCUGAUGCAAAGGAGCAACAGACUACAUCUGAUUCGGAUUCUGCGUCAAAUGAUGUUAAACUGCCCGAAGGGAAACAACCUCCAGAGGUUAAUGACACACCUAAGGAGGAUGCAAAUGAUGAAGCUCAUAAGAGGGAGAAUAGUGAUGAGGGUAUUAAUGAAGAUGGAGCUCCAUCCACAGACAGCAGCCUUGCAGGCAGUGAUGGUGAAGCUGAUACAUAACACCUUUAAUACUUUAUGAAAGCAUGAUUUUUAGGGUGAUGUUUGAGUGUAUCACUUUCUUCAGGGUGACUGUUGACAAUGUUCAUGUGAAUAUAGGCAUAUUAGAAUGUCAUCAACUGUGUGCUUUGAAGUUUUCAUUAAAAGCAGUAUUUAAUGAGGUUCUAAAAGUUUGUAUUAAUUGGCUGUUCAGGUAAAGAAACUCAAGUUGCCAAGAACGCAGUAAAACUCAUCAGGCUUCUUUUGUUCUAGCUAUGCUUGUCAGUGUUUCAUCAUGUGUGUGAGAAAUAUGUUCCAACCCUUAAGUUUAUGUAACUAUGUGUAGCUUCAGUAAUGCAAAGCUUUUACAAGAUUUGUGGAUUGUACUGUUUAUUUUCCUGUACCCCUUGGAACUCAGUAUUUCAAUAAUGUGUGUCCUGAUAUGUUGGAUCAUUUUAUGGAACAGGUGCUGUGAUACAUAUAGGGUGAAUGCAUUGGAUGCAUUGCUAUGUAUUAGAUGGCAGAUGAUGAAUAGUAUCAGGUCACAAGCUUAAAGAAAGUGGCAGACAGUGUUCACAUAGCAACCCUAGGGCAAACUGAGUGAAGAUAGGUUAUUAAAUCACAGCAUUCAGCAAAUUGUUUUUAUCCUUUCCCUGUUUAGAUCUUCUGUUGAUGUUGGAUAGAGGCUGGAAUUAUGUCAAGGAGACUAGAAAUGCAUGAACACUCAUAUUCUAGGCAGAUUGGUCUUAAACUCUCAUGGUCUGUGUGCAGUAGGUAUCAAAAUAGGCUUUGGAUUUUUGUGGUGGCUUUAUUAGUUCUUGCUUUUAUAUUGGAGUAAAGAGUUUUGUUUAAAUUUGUUAGCAUGAUGAAUGUGAGUUCUCAACAUUUUAGUUUAGCUCUGUGUACUCUUCACAGUGGGGAGGAUCUUCCAUACUUCAUAAAAUUUAAAUGGCAGCUCAAACUACAAAAGUUAGUAUAUUUUAAAAUACGCUUUCAACUAAUGCUCUUAUAUGGAAAAAGCAAAUGCUAAUCCUCUUCAAAAUAUUUCUGAAAGCAAGGACUUAAGAGAUAAUCUAACUUUAGAUAUCUUAAUAAGUGGCAGGCUUUCAAAAAUAACUGGUUGGAGCUGUUUUGGACAUAGUCAUUCUUAAUUUAGAAUUCCAUUAUUUUGAUAAGUAAGGAUAGAAGAACAUGGGUUUAGGCACUAAACAAUUAAAAAUUGAUAGCAUGCUGUCCAUAUGGAUCGUUACCAGUACACAUUUGCAAGGAUGAUCUUUUGAAUUUUUUAAAUUCAUAUUGGAUUACAAGAAACUAUAGAUGUUAAUUCCUGUAUUUCCAUCACGAGGUAAUCAGAAUACUCUGAAAAUGUUAUUUUCAAACUUUGUGCUCCGAGAUUACCAUACAGAUUUUUUCCUGAAGUCUGUAUGGUUCUCUAAGUUUAUUUUGUUGGGUUUUUUUAAUAUAUGUAGUCAAUAUGUGUGGGUGACUAUGCCAACCAGAGCAUCUCAGUUGUCAGUUGCCACUGUGGUUAUAAAUUACAUCUUUUUGUGACAGAAAUAGGUGUCAUAUUUGAAUUCAGAGGUUAAAAGUCUGGGGGCUCAUAAUACGCUAAUAUGACAAAUUUCCCAUUUUGAGUUGCAUUAUAAAGAAGAGAUACAGCUCUUGACAGCUAAAAUAAGUCCAUUUUCUCAUCUUUCCAAGUGUGUGGACCGUAUGUUUCAGCAAAGCAGGUGUUUGAAGAAUUCAGGGAAUCUGGAACACUGCCUGGUUAGUAGCUGCACAUAGUGGUAUAUUCAGAUACGUUUCUGGGUUGUGUUGAUUCUGCCUUAGUUAUUUUUAUUGGUAAUAAGCACCACAGACCUUUGAGAGCUGGAAGCGUUUGCAUAUGAGGAGUGUAAUUCAGUGUGGUAUUUCUUUCAGUGCUUCUUUUUUCUUCCAGCUUUUAGACUCCAGUCUUUAGAUCUCUUACUCUUGUGUUUUGUUUGCUUUUUUUUUUUAAGGGAGCCCAUUUGUGUAACACUACACAGUUAAAUCACCUGUUUUACAGUAGAAUGACAACUGAUAUAGGGAAACUUGUGGACAAAUAUAUAAAACUUGUAAAGUUCUGUGAAGCCUUAUCAUGGUAUCAGAUAUGGAAAACAAGGUUAGUGUUAAUGUUUGAAAUAAGACUUUGAAAAAUAAGGAAUUAUUGUAUGUGCAGUAAACCUUCCUCUCUCCAAUUAAUGUGCAAAUUUGACUGGCUUGCUGCAGAAGUCCUUUCUUAGUCCUUUCACCUUCUCCUUUAGAUUUCACACUAAGGUAGAGUACCAACAAAGACUGAGACCAAAUGCUUUACUGGCUUUCCUAUUAACUAGGAUUAUUAAAAAAUAAAAGCUCUUUUUCCAUGCAAAUACAGUGUUCUCAAGUGUGGCAUUAUACUCAAACUCGUAUUUUCCUUUUGUCUACCUCCGUUUUCUCCCGAGUAAAAUGUAAAAAAUAUAUUUUUAUAAUCUAUUAAUUGAGUUACUGAGGCAUUUAGUAGUCCAGAGAGAGGUUAAUGCAGCUGUGACUCUUUUCAGCAGAUUUUCAUUGAAACCAGAUUCUUCAGAUGUUUUCCUUUUUGAAAUUAUUUAUGAAAUUACUUUGAAUUUAUGAAAUUUUUAUAAAUCAAUCUGAACAAAAAUCAAAAAUUUUCACAGGAGUUAAAAUUGCUGUUUUGAAGUAUGAUUAUGAAAUUCUUAUAGUAUAGAGCAGUAAUGUUUAAUUAAGAAAUUUUAACAAAUCUGAACUAACAGAGUUGCUUUUUAAAUGCACACAUUUUUCUUACUGAUCAGCAUCAUACGUAAAGUGGUAAGAAAUUAAAACCUUAAAGGAAUUUUCACUUUAUUUGUUCUAUAAUUAAAAGGGUUUUCAAAUUACUUUUCUUGCUCAUUAGAAGUGACAAAAACAACCUUCUUGCUCAAUUUCUAAGGGUUUUUUAAGUCCUGUUCCAGUAUACUGCAUGUUCCUCCAUCCCUCUGCUUUUGGUGGGAGGUUCAUUUUAAGAGAAUCUGUCUCCUUUCCUCUGUAUACGAUGAAAACAGUAACUAGCAGCAGGCUGAAACAAUUUGUGGAUAACUAUUUUUGCUCAGUUUUGAACUAGAGAAAUAGUUGUUUCUACCAAUUCUCAGUGUAACAAAAUGGAUGUGAAGCCACUUAAAUACAAUACGACAGAGUAUUAACUGACCCUUUAAUAUAAUUUCACAGAAUCACUUUCUGAACUGUCCAAAAUCAUUGCUUAGCUUCAGGAUAAAUUGGUAGUUUGCUUCAGAAUCAAAUGCCAUUCAGUGGUUUGCUGAGAAGGAAUUUUUAUGGGGUUACAGGUAUUCACCAGAGAUGAUGUGGUUUGAGGCGCAUGGCCUUAGAGGUAGACACCUGGAAACAAAAAGCCUCAAAAUAAAAGGCUUUCUAGAAGGCUUUCUCUUUUUUUGCAGGUUCUCGAAUGUUCAUAUACAGGUGUAAAGAGAGAAUUAGUUUCAUUUUGCAUCAAAAUGUUUAUCUGUUUCUCCUACUGACUUUUAAAAUUUUUUUUAAUUGAAUUUCAGUCCCUUGUACAGCUUAGGUUUUGUAUAAGGAUUGCAAUUCACUUAAAAUCUUUAGUAUGUUAAAUGCAGUGCAUUUUAGCUAAAACAUAUCCUAGACAUUAUUCAGUUAAGGUUAACCUAUUAACAAUUACAAAUAAUUAAUUAGCUUAAUUCACUUAAUAAAACUUGAAGGUGUUGGAUGCUUCAUAGAAACCCAAACUUGCCUUUCUUCAGUAUUCAUACCUUGAAUUCUUGAACCUAAACCAAACCAAAUUUAGAAAAAAAAAAUUUAAAAUGCAUUCCUAUAGAUUUUAAUUGGAUUUUAACUUCUUGUUUUUAUUUCUGCAUUUGAGGAAACAUACUGCAGUAUGGUAAAUGAAUGCUGUGAGUUGUGUAUUUGUGUUGAUUUGACUUGUGUGUAUUUCAGAGCUCAUUAUAGUUUGACAUCUUACUGUCAGGAUACUCUGAAAGUUCUGUAAAAUAUUUAUAGAAUUAUGAAACCUUUUGCAGCAAACUGGUUUUUUGCUCAUUCUGUAAUAUGAAAGUAUAUUGUUAGAUUAAGCUUUUCAGUAAGUAGACUUGGAAUUUUUUCUGACAGGUGAUUUUUUUUCAAUAAAUUAACUGUUUUCAUUUAUCCCUUAGAAAAGAAACAUUAAAAAGCAAAUGGUAUUUGAAUAAUAUCUAAACUUGUGAUAGCAUCUGAGAAUACCCUUCGUUUGUCUUCAAUUUGUUUCUUAAAGGGGUUGUGUUUUAUACUACCUUUUUAAUAAACAAACUCAUGAACAGAA